AAAGAGGCUCCGGAGCCAUCACAGACCCAGAGGGGACGGUCUGUGACCAACACUGCUGCUCCCCCUCCUCAACACCCAGCUCCCUGUCCCAGCAUGAAGCUCAUCCUCUGCACCGUGCUGUCCCUGGGGAUAGUGGCUGUGUGUUUCGCUGCUCCCCCCAAGACAGCCAUCAGAUGGUGCACCAUAUCCUCUCUAGAAGAGAAGAAAUGCAACAACCUCAAGGACCUCACGCAACAAGAGAGGAUUACAUUGACCUGUGUGCAGAAAGCAACGUACCUGGACUGCAUAAAAGCCAUUGCGAAUAACGAGGCAGAUGCCAUUAGCUUGGAUGGCGGUCAAGUGUUUGAGGCAGGCCUUGCCCCAUACAAACUGAAGCCCAUUGCUGCUGAGGUUUACGAACAUACUGAAGGCUCCACAACCAGCUACUAUGCUGUGGCUGUUGUAAAAAAGGGAACCGAAUUCACGGUGAAUGACUUGCAGGGCAAGACCUCCUGCCACACAGGGCUGGGCAGGUCUGCAGGCUGGAACAUCCCCAUCGGGACGCUCAUCCGCCGCGGGGCCAUUGAGUGGGAAGGCAUAGACUCAGGCUCAGUGGAGCAAGCGGUGGCCAAGUUUUUCUCUGCCAGCUGCGUGCCUGGUGCCACCACCGAGCAAAAACUGUGCCGACAGUGCAAAGGGGACCCCAAAACCAAGUGUGCCCGCAAUGCACCUUAUUCUGGAUAUUCUGGAGCUUUCCAUUGUCUGAAAGAUGGAAAAGGAGACGUGGCUUUUGUGAAGCACACAACUGUUGAAGAAAAUGCCCCAGAUCAGAAGGAUGAGUAUGAGCUGCUGUGCUUGGAUGGCAGCCGGCAGCCUGUGGACAAUUACAAGACCUGUAACUGGGCCAGAGUGGCUGCUCAUGCCGUUGUAGCUCGGGAUGACAGCAAGGCUGAAGAUAUCUGGAACUUCCUCUCAAAAGCACAGACUGACUUUGGCGUGGACACCAAGAGUAACUUCCACCUCUUUGGGCCACCUGGAAAGAAGGACCCAGUCUUCAAAGACUUGCUUUUCAAAGACUCUGCCAUAAUGCUGAAGCGCGUCCCCUCGCUGAUGGAUUCUCAGCUCUACCUGGGCUUUGAGUACUACAGUGCCAUCCAGAGCAUGCGGAAAGAUCAGCUGACUCCCAGCCCCAGAGAAAACAGGAUCCAGUGGUGUGCAGUAGGCAAGGAUGAGAAGAGCAAGUGUGACCGCUGGAGUGUGGUGAGCAACGGGGACGUGGAGUGCACCGUGGUAGACGAGACAAAGGACUGCAUCAUUAAGAUCAUGAAAGGUGAAGCAGAUGCUGUUGCCCUUGAUGGAGGUCUGGUCUACACGGCUGGUGUCUGUGGCCUGGUGCCAGUGAUGUCAGAACGUUAUGAUGAUGGAAGCCAGUGUGGCAGAGCUGAAGCACAACCAGCAUCAUAUUUCGCUGUGGCUGUCGUGAAGAAAGGCAGCGAUGUCAACUGGAACAAUCUGAAGGGCAAGAAGUCGUGCCACACCGCUGUGGGGAGGACUGCUGGCUGGAACAUCCCCAUGGGCUUGAUUCACAACAGGACAGGGAGCUGCAAUUUUGAUGAAUACUUCAGCGAGGGCUGUGCUCCUGGGUCUCCUCCUGACUCUCGCCUCUGCCAGCUGUGCCAGGGCUCUGGGGAAAUCCCACCGGAGAAGUGCGUCGCCAGCAGCCACGAGAAAUACUAUGGAUAUACUGGAGCUUUACGGUGUCUGGUUGAGAGGGGUGAUGUGGCCUUUAUCAAGCAUUCCAUUGUGGAGGAGAACACUGGUGGCAAAAACAAAGCUGAGUGGGCCAAGGAUCUGCAGAUGGACGACUUUGAGUUGCUGUGCACUGAUGGGAGACGGGCAAAUGUUAUGGAUUACAGGGAGUGCAACCUGGCUGAAGUUCCGACCCACGCUGUGGUCGUGCGCCCAGAGAAAGCAAAGAAAAUCAGUGAGCUGCUGGAGAGACAGGAGGAACGGUUUGGAGUAAAUGGAAGUGAGAAAAGCAAGUUCAUGAUGUUUGAGUCUCAAACCAAAGAUCUUCUGUUUAAAGACUUAACCAAGUGCCUGAUGAAACUCCGCCCAGGAGUGACAUACAAGGAGUUCCUCGGAGAUAAAUACUAUGAAGGGAUUUCCAGCCUCAAUACCUGCAACCCAUCAGAUCUCCUCCAGGUGUGCACCUUCCUUCAGAACAAGAAUGGCGCAGCAGCAGUUAUUUCCACCAAGCAGUACUCUCAAAAAGCAGCAUCUCUGGCACCAGGGCCGCUGGAGCUGCGCCGUGCCCACCGCCCCGUGCUGCACAACCUCUCCCUGCCCCCAGCCGCCCCUCCCCAACGCAGCCCCACGCCGUUCCCUCAGCGCACAGCUCGGCGCUGCCCAUCCGCUCCCCGUGAGGAGCUGCAGCCGCCACGACGGCUCCGCUCGGCUCCCGCGCUCCGGGCCGAACAAACCAACAAACGCUGGCUGCUUUCGGACAGCCUUCCAUCCUUGCCCCUUUUCCUGACGGACUACAACUCCCAGCAGACCCCGCGGCGCAGCGACACGGGGAGAGACCGGAAGUGGCUUGUGAAACCGGAAGUAGUGUGGCGCGGCCGGAAGCCGCGCAGUGGGGACGUGUGCGUGCGGGCGGUCAUGGCGGGUGCCGUGGAGCCGUACUUGGACUCGCUGCGGCGGGAACUGCAGUCGCCCGGCCCUGCCGCUCUCUCCGUCCUUCUUGCCCUGAUCGUCGUCGCCCUCACGCUCCUGCUCUGGAGGCUCGCGCAAGGCGCAAGGAGCAGCCGCAGGGCCGUGCUGCUGCUGGGCCUCUGCGACGCGGGAAAGACGCUGCUGUUCGCCCGGCUCUUGACAGGCAAAUAUCGAGAUACGCAGACCUCCAUAACCGACAGCUCUGCCGUUUACAGAGUGAGCAGCGACAAGAGCACUAAUGUGACUUUAAUCGAUCUCCCAGGCCACGAAAGCUUGCGGCUUCAAUUCUUGGAGAGGUUCAAGGCUGCAGCCAGGGCCAUCGUGUUUGUGGUUGACAGCGUAGCCUUCCAGAGGGAGGUGAAGGAUGUGGCUGAGUUCCUGUACCAGGUCCUGGUUGACAGCACUGUUCUCAAAAAUGCACCUGCGCUGCUCAUCGCUUGCAAUAAACAAGAUAUCACAAUGGCAAAAUCUGCAAAACUUAUUCAACAGCAGCUGGAGAAAGAGCUCAACACCUUACGAGUGACCCGCUCUGCAGCCCCCACCAGUCUGGAUGCCUCAGGGACUGGGGGCCCUGCUCAGCUGGGGAAGAAGGGCAAGGACUUUGACUUCUCUCAGCUGCCCAUGAAGGUGGAGUUUGUGGAGUGCAGCGCUCGUGGCAGCAAGGGAGAGGAGGGAGAUGCUGACUUUGAGGGCCUUGAGAAAUGGCUGGCCAAGAUUGCCUGAACAGAGGAGGGCAGGGUGAGAGGGAGAGACCUGAGGAGUGGGGGAGUGAAAGAAAAUAGAUGGUGUGAAGUACUUGGAUCUUACCAUAGGGGAAACUGAAAGCUGGAAAAGCAUUGCGUUGUCUUUCUCUGCUUGGGAGCAUGUAACAAUUACUGGUGUGAUUUCUGCUGUCUCUGUCACAACACCACAUUUUUCUUCUCUACUUUUUAUUCUGUGUUGCUGAUCCUGCUGUGGCUUCUGUAUUUCCUUGAAAUCUUUUGCGUUUUUCAUCAUCCAGCUGCCAGGCAACUUAGGAAGGAACACACUGCCAUGUGAACCUGUAGUUUGUCCUUUUCUGCUUUGUUUUAGCAUUGCAUUGCUGUCGCUUCGUGGAGUGACUGAUCACCUCCUGAUUUUGACUUCUUUCUGCAGCUUCGUGCUGCCCCGACAGUGUGCACAGAUUCUCUCCACAGUGUAAUCACUAGGGUGAAUAUAAAAGGCUGUUGUCCUCUUGUCUUCUAUCUCCUUAUUUUUCCAGAUUGGUGUAGUCCAGUUUCUGUGUACCUGGAGUAACUUGUUGAAUUUCAAAGGCAAGCUGUUUGAUCUGCCUUUGUCACUGUGCAGUGCCUGUGGUGCCUGGGUCUUUGGUUGAUUACUUCUGCUGGACAGUUCUUGGGAGUUUUUCUUUCUGUCAGGGCUGUGUCUUGAAAGCUUGUUUCACUCUGUUCCUCUUCCUGUAUUUCAGGCUCUUCUCCAACAGACUUUGUAAGCACACUCCCUUUAAAUGACAGUUACAGAAUGGUCCUUGCUUGAACCAAUGAAAGUGGCAUAUUUUUGGAUUCAUGUGUAUGGUAGGAGUCAGAUUUGUCAUGCUUGUUGUGUCUCCUGCCUGUCUCCUCUCCAGUGUCUAUGAUAAAGAGACCAUUUUGUGUUUUUCAUCACAGCAGUUGCAGCAAAAUGAAUAGAGAAAGGUGAGCUGAUAGCACAUUAUCGUGAGCAUGAUUCUUCCUUAUGUGGAAGAUGCUCGGUGGAGAAGAUCCUGUGAUCUUUCCCCUGUUUGUUUGAGGUGAUUAAAGCCAAAUCUGCUGCUGUGGGUGAUCUCAUCAGUUAAUCUUCAGGGAAUGCCUGUUGCUGUAGCUCCUGGAGAGGCUCAGCUGGCUGCUCUGGGACUUGGAGCGGAGUCUGACUCGGUGUGCCUUAGACCUGAACUUUCCAAAGAUCCUUUGCUUUCCUGUUUCUUUGCUGUAGCUGGGAACGUUGGUUAUGUGAAGGGAGAACUUGCAGAAGCAUCUGUAUUGGUCAGGUGGGAAAUGAGACCCCAUGCUUCAGUUUUUCCUUUCUGAACAGCAACCUUAAGACACUUGUCAGUUGCCCUGCCCAGCAGCAUGAUGCUCUGGUGGGAUGCUGGCUCCACACAUCUCUGUGAGGAGGGUUGGUCUCCAGGAUUCAGUGCUGGGAAUUGCAAGGUCUUACUGCAUUGAAGUUUUUCCUCUCGUUUUAUUAUUUCCUGUUUAGUUCUAGACAAGGAGCAAGCUUAUGGCUCCCAAUGGACCUUUUCUGUCUUUUGUGGGUUUCUCUCUCAUUUAGUGCUUUUUUUAAUGGCUCGUCUGCUCUGUUAUGUUCUUUUCCUUUUUAUGUUCUUUUCCUUUCUUUCUGGGCAUCCUCUGACUCCUUGUAGUAUUGCCAAAUGUUAGUACUGAUGGGAGGAACAAAAACAGGCUUGAGCAAAGACCUGUGCUCAUAGUGGAGCUCUAACGAUAACCUGGGAGAUGUGCUGUUCCACAUAGGAAGGGGGGAGGAUUGUACUUAGGGAGUGUGUUACAUUUUGGUAUUUGCUGCAGCCAAUGCAUUGCUGAAGUGUGUUUGUUGUGCUUCAACUCCCUUUGCUGGAGAAUAUUGCUGUUUGCUUGAGUGCUAGUUCUGCUUGCUACCUUCUCUGAAAGCAGAGACUGAGCAUCGCCAUCUGGUGGGAUAAAGUAGCAUGAGGCCCUGUUUGGUUUUAAGUUAUUCUUUUUGAAAAAUAUUUCUGUAAUAAAGCAUUUGACAGAAUGUUUCUUCUCAA